AGCAUUUUCACCUGCUUCAACCACACUUGUGGUAGCAGUCCCAUUGUUGGGCAAGAUGAUGAUAACAGACGUCCUGCACCGCACUUUCGUCAGUGGACUGGCUGCACUAAGUGUGUAUGGACUGUUCAUGGGCUAUGCCGUGCACCGCGAAACACUAGCCAAAGGGAGAGAGUUCAUGGCAAUGAAAGAAGCUGAAGCAAAGCAGCGCGAACAAACAACUGCUGAGGAGGAGGCGAAGGAACUUGCGUUAGCAGAGGCUGCCCAGGCUAUUUUCCGCAAAGGGUCGUGACAUGACUGCGCACUGGCCAUCUGCUGCACCUUUAGUUCAAGGAUAAUCAUGCAGUUUCAUGUAACUGCACACCAUAGAUGUCGUAGUUCAUCUUGGGCUCGCUUCGUGUAACGUUCCUGUAACUGCCAUCACGAUGUGCAGCAAGCUAUCCAUUCCAAUCAUUUAGCGCCUCGUGGGUCUAUUAACAAGGUCAUUUUUCUUCUGCUUUGAUUGCUCAAGCAGUGACUACGA